AGCAGCACGUCGCGCCAGCACCACCACCGCAUCACGCUCCUGUGAGCCGCCGCAUCACUGCUUCUCGUGCUCGUGAGCCACCGCACGCCGCACCUCUGCAUCGACCGGUCGUUUGCAGCCCACCUCUGCAUCGCGCUUCUCUGGAUCGCGUCACAAGCAGAUCUCCAGUUCAAACGUGAUAUAAAGAAUCAGAUGUAGGAGUGAUGAUGGCUUCUUUCGCUUCCUCCAUUUCCAAAACCCUAACGAAAAGGGUCAUUGCUAGUGCUGGUGUUGGCGUUGGUGGUGGAUUUGAGGCGAUUUAUUCUCUUCCAAAGCAUCAGCUUCCUUCAUCUUCCUCGUUUUGUACCUCAGCGGCUGCCGUCUCCUCUCCUGUUUCUGACGCUUCUUCUCCUUCAUUUCCUCAACCUCAAGGAUGUAAUUUGCAAGAAAAAGAGAGAGGUUCUAGAUGGUCUAGAUGGUUGCUAUUUCUACCUGGAGCGAUCACUUUUGGCCUUGGAACUUGGCAAAUUUUCAGAAGGCAAGAAAAGAUUAAAAUGUUGGAUUAUAGACAGAAGAGAUUGACAAUGGAACCUAUGAAAUUCAAUGACUUAUCCCCAUCGAGUGAGCAAUUGGAUAAUUUGGAGUUCAGGAGAGUGGCAUGCAAGGGUGUUUUGGAUGAGAAGAGAUCUAUCUAUGUGGGUCCUCGUUCUAGAAGCAUAUCUGGAGUGACUGAAAAUGGUUACUAUGUCAUUACACCCCUAAUGCCAAUCCCCAACAACCCUGAGAGUGUGCAGUCACCAAUUCUGGUGAAUAGAGGAUGGGUCCCUCGUAUUUGGAAGGAAAGAUCCUUAGAAAUUUCACAAGAUGGUGAACCUCCUUCAGAUAUAACAUCCUUAUCUGCCCAAGAGAGUGAACGAAGUUCAUGGUGGAGGUUUUGGUCCAAGAAGCGAAAAGUUAUUGAGGAUCAAAUCCCAGCUGUCACUCCUGUAGAAGUUGUUGGAGUGGUUCGAGGGAGUGAAAAGCCUAGCAUUUUUGUUCCAGAAAAUGAUCCAAGCUCUGGCCAGUGGUUCUAUGUUGAUGUUCCAUCGAUUGCCCGUGCUUGUGAGCUUCCUGAGAAUACUAUCUAUGUGGAAGACAUCAAUGAGAACAUUAGUUCAGGAUGUCCAUAUCCUGUUCCAAAGGAUGUGAAUACCUUGAUACGCAGUUCAGUCAUGCCACAAGACCAUCUAAACUAUACUUUGACAUGGUAUUCUCUAUCAGCUGCUGUCACAUUUAUGGCGUUCAAGAGACUAAGGCCAAAUAGAAGCCGGAGAUAGCGAGUCUGUUGUGUUAGAAAUAUACAUUUUUCUGAUCAACUUAUCUUAAUUUUCAUGCAAGAAUUUGAUCAAAGAUCAUGGAGCUCCGUAAUACAUUGAUCUGAACUUAUGCAUCCUCGCGAACUGAAGGAAAUUCAUUCGCUUCGUCUGUUGAACUGGGAAGUGUUCCUUGAAUUUUGCAAUUUUGAUGAUUUGUCAUUUGCAGAGAUGCAAAUCAGUUUAAAUUUUUUGGUUAAAGCUGCGCUUCCAGCUUAGGUUUUUUCACCCCACCAGUUGAAUUUAUAUCCGCAUGAAUAAUGUGCAUUUUGUUUUAACUGAGAUGAGCCAAGAUAAAAGCCAUGUAAGAAGGUGAGGGCUAUCCUCUCUAGUUGACAUUUAAGGUCACAUGAAGAUGUAUUGUUGUUCAAUAAGCGUUUUUAUCUUCAGUAGCA